ACACGCUGCCCCUCAACCGGGGGUCCGGUAGCAGGAGCCCCACGGCGAAGCAUGGAGCGCCCCCCUGGCUGCCUGCAGGAGACCCCAGCCCUCGCGGAGGAGAAUGCCAAGUUCCUGAACCUCAUCGGGCCAGGGGAGCUGGAUCAAUGUCUGUUCACCGAAACGCUGGACGUGGUGGCGGCUGAGGCCCAGCCCAGGGACACGGCAUGGGGCCAGUGGUGGGUGUCAGCCCGGUGGGCACCAUACAAGCGGGAGGGUGAGCAGGUGCGGAGCUGCCUCCUGGUGCAGGCCGGGUGCCGCCGCAGGCAGGACGGGGUGCCAGCCUCCAACAGCCUCAAAGCCUAUGUGACCCCAGAGAUGGAGACCCUGGAGCAGGAGGAGCAGGAGUGCCUGGAGCGCAGACUGUACCCUGUAAGGAGGAGGACCCACAUGGUGAGCCACCAGCAUGGGAUGACUGUCACAAAGACCCUCCAGGAGGGAGAGGCAGAGCCACAGUGCUGGAGCUUCAUCUAUAGCCGGGCCGAACUGCGGGGGCUGCUGCCAGAGGGUGCCAGUCUCUUGCUGCUGCGGGUGCUGGCACGCCGGCGGGAGGUGCCUCCCGGCCUCGUCUUCCCGACCAUCAACACCGAGGGCCACCUCUGCACCGUGAGCUACUGUGCCCUGGGUGUCCAGCCGCAGGCGGUGGGCUCGGCGGAGGCAGAGGUGUUUGUGAUCGAGCGAGCCGUGCACGCCGGUGCGGGAGACUCCACCGUCUGGCACAGCAGCUUCCUCCCUAGCGGGCGGCUGGCUCGGCUGGUGCAGGUCGGCAGCCCGAUGGUGAUGUGUCUGCAGGAUGAGCCUGUCCCUGCUACAGAGACAGGUGGAGUCAAGCCCCAGCCCCCCUUCCCAAAGCAGCCCCUGGACUGGGAGGAGGACAUCCAGCUCUUCUCCUGGUUCCUGGACAGAAAGGGGGAGCUGCAAGAGUACCACACUGCCUACAUCCAGCAGCACCCUGAGCUCCAGGUACUCCUGUCCGACUUCCUCCUGGCCCUGCUCCUGCAGCAGCCUCAAGACCCUGUCUCAUUUGCCGCAGAAUUCUUUGGCCACAAGGAGCCCCCCAAAACCCCUUUUACAUCCUCUAGAGCUGCCAACCCCAGCCCCUCACCUUCCCACCCUGUGGCUAACAUGGAAUAAAGCUGCCAGUGCUGCCU